AUGCCGCCCAGUGUCACGCGGUCUGCGCCGCAGCCACAGGACAGUACCGCGUCGCGCGCGUCGUCAAGAAAGCCGUUGCUCGGUCUGCCGCCGCGUCCCAUUACCGCGAGCGUCAGCCCGUUGGCCGCUGCUGCCACUGCCACGCGCACCCGCACGCAGAGCCUCCCGAGCGUCCACCAGCAACAAGAGACAGCCGCAACAACAACAACAACAGCACAAGCGACGCCGCCGCCAGUGACACAGCCACAGAUGGCGUUGGACCGCCGUCUCUUUAGCCGUUUGGACCACGUGAUGACGGAAGUGGCGCGUCUCGAGCGCUUGGACGUCGAGACGGCGACAACGAUCGACGGGACGGAAGCGACGGACGCGGGUCGUGUCCAGCCGCACUCGGAGCUGGCGGUCGUGCGGACGGAGCUGCAGCAGGCGCGACGGCGUUCGCAGCGGCUCCGCGAGGACCAAAAGCUCAUGACGCAGACGCUCGAGGCGCGUCAAGAGCGAAAGGGACUGCAAAAGUACCUCAUGGCGGCCACAAUGGGGUCGGCGACGCAGCACUUGCAGCAGACGGAGGCGCUCAAGAAGACACUGGGGCACCACAUGGCCGACGCCGUGCACGCCGACGCAGAGCUGGAGCUGCUCGAGCGACGGUCGAGUACGCUCGUGGACGAGUGGAAGCGCCGCUCGUCGUUCUCACAGAGCGCGCGGCGGAGCACCAGCAGCGAUAGCAGCAGCAGCAACAGCAACAGCAGCAGCUACGGGAGGGCCUCGUCGCUCCAGCCCGAAGGCGAAGACGACGUGAGUGAGAGCUGGACACGACGAGACGGCGACGUCGCUGACGACGAGGAAGAAGAAGACGGCGACGACGACGACGGCGACACUGUGCCAGUGGCUGAACGUCUCGAGCAACUCGAGCGGGAGAAACAGCAGCUGCUGGGCCAGUUGCUGCGCACGCUGCGGUUGCCCGAGGCCCGGCAGAUGCACACACACGUGGCCAUGUACGUCUCCGAGGUGCAGGCGUGCGAGUCGAUCAAGAAACAGAUUGAGCGCGCGACGGGGCUCUACCAGCAGGCGCUGCAGUUGCUGCGCAUGGCGAUGGCCACUGUCGUCUCGUCGCAGUACUCGGGUUCGGCGAGGGAGUUUGCCAACGGGCCGUUUGCGCUCACGGUCGAAGCCGGUCAGCUGAUGAAGGCAGCGGCGAUUGGGAUUCAGCCUGAAGCGCGUCGCCGGUACCGGACGUUCGCGCCCGAGUUGCAGACGCUGCGGCUGCCCAAGUUCCCUCAGGCCGUGAGCGACUUUGUGCGACGGGCGCGAACGACGUUUGACCCGCGCAGUGCAUUGGCGCGGGAGACGGCGAGGCGACUGCCGGCGUGCGAGACGACAAUGGUCAUGACGCAUAAGCUCGUGAUCGAGAAGCUCGAGCUACUGGAGCGGUGGAAACGGACGGUCGAAGAGGACCAGACCCGCGCCCUCGAGGCGCAGCGUCGGCUCGAGACGCACUUGCACCAGCGGCUGGCCGUGCUGGCCCGGUCCAUGUCGGUGUGA